AGAGCGAGAGAGAGAGAGAGAGAGAGAGAGAGAGCGAGAGAGAGCUCAUUGGCAGCGUGCUCACCUGAUUGCGGGGAUCUUUUCAUCUUCUGCCGCAUCAAAGGCUCAUUUCGCCCGCGGCGCUGAGGAUGAAGUGAUCACCGUUUGAUCUACACUGACGCUUUUCACCCACAGCUUGACCAUGAAGAACAGCAACCCGACUGUUCUGGACCGGGGCGAUAUUCAUUCUCUGCUGGAUGUGAUCGGCGGUCUCGGUGCCGUGGUCGCCGUGGGGAUCAUUGCCAUGCUGUCGAUGUGCGCCGCACUCUUCAUUUACCGAUCCUUUAGAGGUCAGCGCGUGAAAGGUGACGAGAAUCACGGCAACGAAACCACUGGAGAAGACAGCACGGCUCGGAGGAGGAAAACAGAGAGGGAUGAUCGAUCUACCGAGUCAACAGGAGAAUGUCAGGGUGGGAAGCAGAAGAAGUCCACCGACAACAUGCUCCUUCCUACCGAGGUGCCAGAGGAAGACCUGAAUGAAAGCACUCUUAAGGAUUUGGAGGAGAUUACAGAUGAGCUCCUAACAGACUUGGAACCCGGAAUGGGAGAAAAAACGGAGUCUGAUCUGGAUCGGUGUGUAGAAAUGGAUCCUGAUGAAAACACGGAAUGUGAGGAACAUUUUCAGCGUCAGGAUGAUACUGGAUGUGAGGUUUUGGCUGAUGUGAGCGCAGGUUUGACUGAAUUAGACAUCCAACGCAAUUCUGUCCAGAAGGAAACUGAGGAAUACCUUGACAAGUCUGUGAGUUUGGACACAGAUGAGCCGUCUGAAACUGAAAGCGCUCAGGAGAUCGUUUAUCGCAGACAUCAAGAUCACAUCACAACUCGAAGUGAUUCUUCUCCAUCCAAUCCCAGCAAGAUCCAAUUAGAGGAAAGCUUCAAGACAUCAAUGGUGGAAGAAGCUGAGAACACCAGCAAGAAGUUUGAAGACCACCAUGAUUGGCGUUUUCCACGAACAAAUAACUUUGAUUGCUGUUGCUGUGAUAAGAAGACGGAUACGAUAGAGAAAAUAAAAGCUCAGCCAUGGUUUCACACUGGAAGCUUUACCACAGAUGCCAUAAACCUGAGCCCAGCUGUGGAAACCAUGGUUAACCACAACAGCAGGUUGGACUUCCAGAACUACUUAGGUUUCCAGAUUGAUAAUACGUUCAUAGGUGGGUCUUCAACACAGAUGAGCCUUUCACAAGAGAAGAAAACCGAUGAAGAUGGUGCAGAUUCAGUGCAGAAGAAACACGAAAAGAAUGAAAUCAGCAUCAUGGACGCCAUUAUGGACAAUAAUGAGUGGCUAAACGUAGGUGCACCAGAGUUCAGAGAUCUUCCUUGGCUUUCGCCAACUGCAAGCGAAGAAAAACAGAUGCAACUAGAAAAUGAAGGACAAGUCAAGACUGGUUUAGCCAAAGACGAUGAAGAACAGGUGAAUAAAAGAGUAGCGACUGUUCCGCCUUUAUCUCAAACGGUUAACGUGACCUUCAGGAUUCAUUACAUCACAUAUUCUCCUAACCAGCUGGUGGCUGUUACCGGGAGCCUGCAGGAAUUGGGGGGCUGGGAGAGAUUUGUUCCACUGCAAAAAGCCAAGGAUGGGUUCUGGACCAACACUAUCAGCCUCCCUGUGGAGAGCCAGGUGGAGUGGAAGUUCAUCCUGGUGGAAGACGGAAGGAUCUCUCGCUGGGAGGAGUGUGGAAACCGCCGUCUCUUUUUAACAAGCAAAGAUGAGGACAUCUAUCUUGACAAGUGCUGGGGAUGUUGUUGAACUCAGAGGUGACUAUCUAGGGCUGCACGAUUAAUUAAUUCAAAUUGAAAAUUGCGAUACGAUUUAAGUGAAUAAAUAUAAAUGCUGUGUGAAGCAAGCAGAAAUGUGUUUUUACAAGUGACCAGUUUAUUCGGAGCACCACAUUUUUUUACACUAUUUCCAUUUCUGCAUCUGAUAAAAUUUUUGGUCCCUUUAGAGUUAAAUUGGGAAUGGAACAUGCUCCAACCAUCUUCCCAUAUCUGUAACAAGAAGCGCUUUUUAACAAAAAAGAAGCUUCCUGCCAUUUUCUGUCAAAAUAAAAGUUUAUUCUAUUUUUUUUUUAUAAUGAAGAAAGCAAUAAAUAGUAGUAUUGUAAAAUUAUUAAAUUCUUAUUAUUUUUCAUUAUUUUUUAAAUAUUAUUUUUUUUAUUUUAGAGUGAAAUAUUACAGUAAAAACAUCUUGUUUUUAUUUAAUAAUUCUUAUUCUCAUUCUUCAACAAUUAUUAUUUGAUUUUAUUAUUAUUAUUAUUGCUAAUUUUUAAGUAUUUUAAUAGCCAUAUUUAUAUAUACAAUUUUGGCCAAAUUGUGCAACCCUAAAAACAAGCAUAUCAAAGCUAUUUUUCUUUUAUCGCAAUAAGAUAUUUUCCCCCCAAAUCGUGCAGCCCUACAACUUCUUCCGACUCUAUAGAGCAAUAAUAAUCCAUAGUGCAUUAUUGAAAUCCAGUAUAUAUUAUUAUAUUGUACUAUUAUUAUUAUUACUGAAUUAUUCCAAGAAAGCAUGAGGCUGUGGAACUGUUACUAUAGCAAUACGAUUAUAAUAUUACAAAUAUGCACUUUUUUUACAUCGAUAAGUGUGUGUUGGUUAUAUCCAGUCUUACUGAAAUUGUCUGCCCUUAAAACUAUAAUCCUGUAACAGCAACGUACCAAAAGUGAGAAAAUUCACAAAAAGUCUUGUGUUUCAUGUUUACAGGAAAAUCCUAAUGCUUCCAGAGGGUUGAAUAUAUCUCUUUUAAAAUGUACUGCAUUAUGUUUUGUGUGUGAAUUUAAUCUAAAAUGUCGCAAGAAUCUCACUAAUCUUUUCACGACUAACUUAUCUGGAAACAUACUCUUUGCAAGUGCACAAAUGCUGAUGUGAGUGCAAGUAUGCAGCACCACUGUACAUAUUUUGCAUGCACGAUUGCAUUAGUUCUCAGGGGGGAGAGAUGGAUUCCUUCGAAUUAGAUUUUAAUCGAAUUAGUCAUUAUUAGGUUUUCUAGCUAUGCAAAUGUUGACUUUGACUAACUUUAACUAAUUGUUGUGCUACUGGAGUCAAAAAGUUGCCAUGUCAUGACAGUAGUUGAUCAAAGAGAGAAAACUAACCACAGAAAAUGUUAAUUUAAGCUGAUGCCUGUUAUAGCGCCCUUUGUGGCAACACUGAGAAUACAACACAAAGUUAUGUAAUUUAAUAGGUACACUUUAAAAAUGUCUAACACAUUUCAGAGUACAUUUCAGCUUAAGUUGCUUGAAACUGUAGCGUUCACGUACUUGCAUAGAGUAUCUUUCAGGCCUGUGAUAUGACUGUCCAGUAAGUGAAUGCUUGAGCAAUGCAAAACCCCCACCAGCUAAAAACACCAUUAUCCUGCUCUUUCUCUAAUCUGUUAAAUGCUGACAUAAAACCAGCUUAAUCAUCCCAAAUUCCACCCUGGACUGUCAACAUACAGCCUUUCCUCAAAGUUGAACUGCUGCUGUUCUUGUGAUUCUGUUACAUCAUUUAAAAAUGGUGACAGUGACAUCAGCAUUCCUGCUGAUGACAUCACUGUAGCUUUGUUUGCCAUCACUGUCAACUGCAUGAAGCAGACUCUAAUUAGGUAUUUACAGAGGUUUUAUGCUUUUGAGUUUAGAUGGCAAUUAAUUAUUAAAUAUAUGGAUACCCUUUUUUAUUGUUUCACAACAGUUGCCUUGAAAUUAAAGACCUAUGUUGCUUACACGUUUGUCCAAACAUGUCUGUUUUUGUUUUUCUAUGAAAUUCAGGUUGUAAGACUGUUUCUGACCUUAAAACAUAUGUUUAACUGUCAGUCAGUAAUUGUCACUCAGCAAAUAACUUAAUUCAAUCAAAUAAAUGAUUAUCUUAACAA